GCGGGAAGUGGGAAGACUGUUUCGUCUUUUCCAACCGGGUCUAUUUUUAGUGCCAACAGUGUAUAAGCGCGUUUCAUAUGACAAUUUCGAAUUCACGUAAACAUCGUAUCAUACUCGCUCUAUAAAUAAAUUAGGGAGAUUAUUAAACGAGUAAAUCGAAGGAAUAAGCAUGUCGGAUGAGGCGAAAUGCGAGGUGUGCGACAAACAGGCCUCCCAUAGAUGCUCUAGCUGCCACAACGCCCGUUACUGCUGCAGGGAACACCAAAAGGCCCAUUGGAAGCAGCACAAACCGAACUGUCGGCCAUUCAAGAUUUGUAAGGACGAUGUGCUGGGUAGGCACGCCAAGGCGACGAAAGCCAUCAACCCCGGUGAGGUGAUCCUGCAAGAGCAUCCCCUCAUAUGGGGUCCUGCGUUGAACACGAUUCCUGUGUGCUUGGGUUGCUGUAAGCCUGUAGAUGAAAAUAACAGCAAACCCUGCUCGAAAUGCGGCUGGCCCAUGUGCAGUUCGCUGUGCGAACAAGCUCCCUGUCAUAUACCGGAGUGCAGAUACACUGUAUUGAAAAGAAGCAAGAUUUCUAUAAAAAAUUUCGGCAUAACCCAUCCAAGCUACGGCUGCGUUACGGUCCUGCGCAUCCUCUACCAGAAGCAAUUCCUCCCGGAAAUCUGGAAGAAACUCGACCUACUCCAAUCGCACUGCGAAGAACGCAAAGGCACUCAAAACUACCACAAGGACCGUAUGCAAAUAGCCCAAUUCAUCCUAAAAUUCUUCAAAUUGGGCAGCAUCUUCACCGAAGAAGACAUCCUGAAAGUUUGCGGAAUACUAACCGUAAACUCCCACGAAGUUCCGCUCACUAACCCUCCACAUAUAGCCAUAUACGAGAAGACUUCGAUGUUCGAGCACAAUUGCAGCUCCAAUUGUUCAAAAACUUUCACCAGCAAAGGGAACGUUGUCUUGGUGGCCGGCUCUCGUGUUAAUAAAGGCGAUAAUUUGAGUAUUUGCUACACCGAUCCUCUAUGGGGAACGGCGAAUAGAAGGCACCAUCUGAACGAGUCCAAGUACUUUUGGUGUACUUGCAAAAGAUGCUCGGAUCCGACCGAAUUAGGAACCUAUUUCAGCGCUCUACGAUGCCAAGAUAGCAAUUGCAAAGGUUUCCUUUUACCGAAAACUUUCUUGGACAACCACACUAACGAGAAUGAAAGGGACUGGCAUUGUACGCGUUGCCCGAGCUCAAUCUCCUGGUACUCGGUGCAAGAUCUGCUGGAUAGAAUCGGAACCGAUCUGUCCGAGAUGCCGAAAGGCGAUCCUGCAGAAUGUAAAAGCUUCCUGAAGACCUACGAGGAACUCUUGCAUCCGAAUCACUACUAUCUAACCGACGUGAAGUUGGCGUUAUUGCAAAUGCUCGGUAACGAUGACGAUGAAAUGAAAGAACUGGAUGAAGAUGAUUUGCAGUUGAAGUUGAAGUUGUGUCAGAAUUUGGUUGGUUUGGUGAAGAAUUUAGCACCUGGUGAAAGGAGGAUUUUGGGAUUCCUGCUGUAUAAAUUGCACGGAGCUGUGGCGGAAACUGGCAGGAGGAAAAACUCGCCGGAUGUUAUUUAUGGCUCUUUAAUGGAAUCCAAAAAAAUACUGGAAGAAGCAGUUGACCUCCUGAAACACCAACCAAUCGAACUUCCUGAAGGAAAACUGCAUAAAGAGGCUCUUGCGAAUUUGAAAGAAUUGGGUUUGGUUAUAGAAACCAUUCACAAAACUAUCGGUGAAUUAUCCUCGCCAUUGUAAUAUUUAUUGUUUCACGGUUUUUAUUGUUAUUUAUGUAUGUAAGAGUUUUGUUACAUUAUACAUAUUGGAUUUUCCGAAAUAUUUU